AUAAAUACCUCUCUCUCCCAUUCAUAUUUCCUCAUCUCUCUAACAUCUCUCUCUCUCUCUCUCUCUCUCACUUCCCUUCUCUCCCAAUUCUUCUCUAAUGGCCACUAUUGAGGUUGAAUCAGCAGCUACACCUUUGCCGGAGGUGGUGAAGGCAGAGGCUGAGGAGUUUGCAGCACCCGCCAAGGCUGAGGACGAUGCGGAACCCGAGGCGGAGGAGGCUGCAGCACCCGCCAAGGCCGAGGACGAUGCCGAGCCUGAGGCUGAGCCUAAGGAGGCUGCAGCACCCGCCAAGGCUGAGGACGAUGCCGAACCUGAGGCUGAGGAGGCUGCAGCACCCGCCAAGGCCGAGGACGAUGCCGAACCCGAGGCUGAGCGUGAGGAGGCUGCAGCACCUGCCAAGGCCGAGGACGAUGCUGAGCCAGAGGCGGAGCCUGAGGAGGCUGCAGCACCCACCAAGGCCGAGGACGAUGUGGAACCCGAGGCUGAGGAGGCUGCAGCACCCGCCAAGGCUGAGGAUGAUGUCAAACCAAUGGCUGAGCCUGAGGAGGCUGCAGCACCUGCCAAGGCCGAGGACGAUGCCGAACCUGAGGCUGCAGCACCGGCCAAGGCCGAGGACGACGCCGAACCAGAGGCGGAGAAAGAGGUACCCUUUGAAGAAAAGGAAGCAGCAUAAUAGAGAUGAGAUGGAAAAUGGCAUUAUUGGAGAAUGUAUGAUCUCAGCUUUGUGCAUGGGUCAACUAGUUUAAUUUAUGUGCUGUUUUUUUUUUUAAAUUUUGUUAAAAAAAAAAAAAAAAGAAUUUGAUUUAGGUUUUGGAGUGGGGAAUAAUUGAAUUAUUAAGAAAGUUGAUGAUGUAUUAUGGAGUAAUUGAAUGAUUUGGCUUCUAUAUCAUUAAAUAUGAUAAAUAUUGGUG